AUGGUGCAUAUGGAGCUCGAGUCGGAUGCUGGGAGACAGAUGGAGGUAGAUGCAGAGGCGGGGAGGGAGGUAGAGUCGUGUGCUUUGGAUGAUGCGGUUGGGAGUGCGGGGCAGGGGCAGGGGGAGGUCGAUGUUGAUGUCGAUGUCGAUGAAGCGGGUAAAGAGAGAGAGGAAGAGGAGGAAAAGGUGCUUAUUAUUGUGAUGUUAUGGUUAUGGUGGGAUAUGGGCGUAUCAGGCACGGGCAAAUCCACCCUUUCGCACGCCCUCGCACACACGCUCUCAUUCGCGCACAUCGAAGGCGACGACCUGCACCCGCGCGCGAACGUGGAGAAGAUGAGCGCGGGCGUGCCGUUGGGAGAUGGGGAUCGCGAGCCGUGGUUGGCCAGGGUGAGGGCGGAGGGGGUGAGGGUUUUGGUGGAGGGUGAGAAGGGGAAAGGGUGUAGAGGUGUGGUGGUUAGUUGUUCGGCGCUGAAAGCGUACUACCGCGAUAUUCUGCGUGGUAAACGGCCCUUAUCCUCUCCUUCCUCUCUCUCUGCCCCCACCCCCACCCCCACGCACGCAGAAAUCCAAACAUACUUCGUCCACAUCUCCGGCUCGCCCGCGCUGCUCCUGGAGCGGAUGGAGAAGCGGCCGGGGCACUUUAUGAAAGCGCCGAUGCUGGCGUCGCAGUUGCGCACGCUGGAGGAUCCGGCUGGGGAGCCGGGGGUGGUGGUGGUGGAUUUGGAGAGGGGGACGGGGGAGCAGGUUAGGGAGGCGCUGCGUGGGUUGAGGGGGGUGGUGCCGGGGGAGGGGAAGGAGGGGAGGGGGAGGGGGUUUGUGAGGUAUUUGGAGGAGGUUGAGAGGGGGUUGGAUGUGAAGGAUGUGUGA